GCGGUCAAUUUUGAAGUGAGUACGACAUAUAAAUCGAUUCUGAAUUUUCCUAUCCAGUCAGAUGACAUACCUUAUAUUCCUACUGUUGCAAAAGCUGAGAUUCUUGUUAUUCCUUGAAUAGUUGAAGUUUCUGAGUUACCUGAAUUGCCAGGUAAAUUUCCGGAAUCACCAAAUUUCUGUCAAUUCUCCUCUGUGUGAUACUGCUGUCUUUCCCAGUACACCUGAAGCAUCAGCUGGUUCUGAAGUUCACAGGUCAAGCCAGAGACGUCAACUGCCUUCCAGGUUUAACUAUUACAUGUGUGGAAAACAUGAAUUAAUGGUUGGGAGUGCUGCAGGGAAAACAAUUCCAGUAUUAAUCGCCCGUUUGUCUAUACAGGAAUCCAGCAUUCAAAAGAAAUAACCCGACAUUGGUUGCCAUUUUGAAGCGCGACUAAGGAGAGUUAAGAUUUUAUUUGGUGUUCCUGUAUUAGUUGGUCCUUUGCAUUGGAAUAUAUUGAAGAAUACAACCUUGCAGGUCGAGCAACCGUGUGGUGACUCCUGUAGCUGGGUCGUAGAUAGCUUGAGCUUAGCAGCAGCGGAAACUUAAAGAUACCCGCCUUGUGCUUGGAGAGGGUGAAGUGAAAGGAAUGCUACUGCGCAUGCGUUGUAACUAAGUCUAACAGUUCUUUGGCAGGACAAACAUGAGACCAAUUUGUUUAUGGGACCUUCAGCAUCAAGACAGUGUUUUUGAUGUAUGUCUAAAGCCUGAUAAUAGCCAGCUAGUUGCGGCAGUUGGCCAGAAAGUGCUUGUCUACAAUACUGCAGAUGGCAAUCUCAUACAACCCUUGAAAGGUCAUAAAGAUAAAGUAUACUGUGUAGACUACGCCAAAGAUGGUCAGCGUUUUGCAUCAGGAUCUGCAGACAAAUGUGUUAUUAUUUGGACAAGUAAGCUGGAUGGUAUCCUGAAAUUUAAUCACAGUGAUGCCAUCCAGUGUUUAGCAUACAAUCCCAUCACCCACCGUUUGUUAAGUUGUGCUGUUACGGAUUUUGGCCUUUGGGGACCAGAGGAAAAAAGGGUUGACAAGACAAAAAUCAACAGCCGCAUAACUUGCGCUUCGUGGACCAACGAUGGUCUUUUCAUGGCAUUGGGGUUAUUCAAUGGUGUUGUCAGUAUUCGGUCAAAGACAGGUGAACAGAAAGUUCGUAUUGAACGACCUGAUGCCCACAAUAACCCAAUAUGGGGGAUCGCAUGGAACCCCAGCCACUCCUUCUCCAUGUAUGGCAAAGAAGAGGUAUAUGAUGUGUUGGUUGUUGCUGACUGGGGCCAGAAGCUUUCAUUCUAUCAACUUUCUGGAAAACAGAUUGGUCGGGACAUAAAACUUGGAUAUGAUCCCUGUUUCAUCAAGUGGUUCCACAACGGGGAAUAUAUCAUAUGCGGUGGUUCAGAUAAACAAUACAGUCUCUACAGCAAAGUGGGGCUGAAAUUAGACACAAUUGGAAACGAAGAGAACUCAUGGUUAACUUGUUGUGCUGUCCAAGUGAACUCAGAAAAUAUAGUUACUGGAAGUGAAGAAGGAAACAUACGGUUCUACCAAGUAUCACUGUCCACAAUUCAUGGUUUAUACAAGGAUCGAUACGCAUACAGAGAGAACAUGACUGAUGUUAUUAUUCAAAAUCUUAUAACAAAUGAAAGAGUGAGAAUUAAAUGUCGUGAUGCAGUGAAAAAAAUUGCCGUUUAUCACCAGAGACUAGCUGUCCAACUUCCUGAUAAAAUUGUCAUCUAUGAAUUGUACAGCAACGAACCUAAUGAUAUGAGAUAUAAAGUAAAAGAGAAAAUUAGAAAGAAAAUUGAUUGCAGUCUGAUAGUGGUCACAUCACAGAACAUUAUUCUUUGUCUUGACAAACGUUUGCAGUGUUUAACAUUACAAGGAGUCAAAGUACGUGAAUGGGAUUUGGAAAGUCAGAUGCGAUAUAUCAAGGUGAUUGGUGGUGCUGUUGGUCAAGAAGGCUUGCUGGUUGGAUUAAGAGCUGGCCAGAUUAUGAAGAUAUUUGUGAAUAACCCGUUUCCAAUUUUACUGUUGAAGUUAUCAGUCGGGAUCCGUUGUGUUGAUCUAAGUGCCAGUCGGACCAAAUUGGCAGCAAUUGAUGAACAAAACACAUGUUUGGUGUAUGAUCUGAAUAACAAAGAACUCUUAUUCCAGGAGCCUGCUGCAAAUAGUGUUGCUUGGAAUACAGAAUAUGAAGAUAUGUUAUGUUUUUCUGGAAAUGGCUAUCUAAAUAUCAAAGCCAGCAACUUCCCUGUUCACCAACAGAAGUUAAACGGAUUUGUAGUUGGUUUUUCUGGUUCGAGAAUCUUCACUCUUAAAAUGAAUGCCAUAUCUACAAUAGAUGUUCCGCUCUCAGCACCUAUGUACCAGUAUGUGGAAAAGAAGCUGUAUUUAGAAGCCUGUAACAUUGCAUGCCUUGGUGUCACUGAUACGGAUUGGGACAUCCUUGGACAACAGUCACUGGAGGCUCUAGAUUUGGACACCGCCAAGAAAGCAUUCAUACACUCCCAGAAUUAUCCUUAUUUGGAAUUAAUACAGAAUAUUGAGGAUCGAAGGAAAUGUGGAGAAACCGAUAAUCUUGUGUUCCUUGCUGAUAUUUAUGCUCACAAAGGGAAAUUCCAAGAAGCAGCCAAACUCUACAAGAAAGCUGGGCAAGAACACAGAGCAAUGGCUAUGUUUUCGGAUCUCCGAAUGUUUGAUUACGCAAAGGAAUAUAUUGGCUCAGGUGCCGCUGCGGACGAACGCCAGCUAAUCAGCAAACAGGCAGACUGGGCCAAGAGCAGCAACGAACCCAAAGUUGCAGCUGAAAUGUACAUGGCGGCUUCAGAAUAUACCAAAGCUGUUCAAAUUAUGGGAGAGCAUGGUUGGUCAGAUAUGCUCAUUCGUUUGGCACGUAAACUCGACAAAACAGAUCAAGAGAUUUUGAAUCUCUGCGGAAGUUACCUAAUGAAAAUGGAGAAGUAUUCCCUGGCUGCCGAAGUGUAUCACAAAACUGGAGAUAUAAAGUCGAUAAUUAAUCUCUGGGUGAAAGCAAGACAAUGGGAUGAUGCGUUUGCCCUUGCGGAACAGCAUCCAAAGUACAAACAAGAUGUCUAUAUCCCUCAUGCCCAGUACCUUGCGGAGGCUGAUAUGUUUGAAGAAGCACAACAAGUUUCUGCAGAUCAUCCUGAAAAACAAAGAGAAAUGCUGAACAAGUUUCAUGACUACCAAAGAAAAGCUGAAAUGUAUUACAUAUACCACAACAUACAUGAAUAUGUGGAAGAACCAUUUACCUCUCAUAUGCCACUCACUAUGUUUAAUAUGGCUUGUUAUUUAUGGCAUCUCCUCCAGAAGGAAUCACCAUUGGGGAUAUCAAAAGUAUAUACGCUGUACGUACUUGCAAAACAGAGUCGCCAACUCCAGGCCUAUAAACUGGCUCGGUUUGCUUAUGAUAAGCUGCAAGAGAUGAGAAUCCCUGUUCACCUGCAGGAGUCCAUUAGUUUAGGCAGUUUGAUGAUCAGAUCUAAAUCCUUCCAUGACAUGGAGAACAGUUUCACUGCUCUGCUCGUAUCUUGGGCAUGUGGGCGAGAUCGAAGAGCCAUGUCUGGUGAGCUUAUCCCAAACUGGUUUUCACAUUGUAUUCGUUUUCUAUUUUUCCGUUCUAUUUUCCAUUCAUUUUUCUUAGUAGAAGUUCUAAUACUGAUGAGUUUCAAGACUACUUUGAUGUACACAACUAAUUCAAUUUCCCUGUCAACUGGGAAAAGUUUUAGAAAAGUGAAAACAUCUUUUAACAUCAAACAAAUUGUUUGUUCUUUUUUGUUUUGUUUCUUUUCUACUCAUUUUUUUUUUCUUUUUUCGAUAAAAUUUUUUUUUUCUCCUCUUUUCAUUUCUCUUUCUACUGCAGAAGUUUUGCCUUUGGUCGAAUUCAUGAUUGAAGAGGAUAUUUCUGAUGAAGAGGCUGUACAGAUUUUGAAUCAUGCAAUCCCCUUAAAGAAGUCUGAACCUGUAGAUAAAUGGAAAGCUUCUCUUGAAGGCAAUUCAGAAAGAUUAGUUUUCAACGACACAGAUGAAGAGGGCCAAGAUCCAUUUCUUGGAAGAUUAUUAAGCAUUGAGCAAGAUGGAAAUGAUUUCAAGCCGAUUGUUGUUAGUCGUUCUAUUCUGAAGAAUAUGACAAGAAGUGAAGUGUACGUCUUAGAGUGGCCCAAACCACUCCGUUUCCAAUUUUUUAAGACAUUACUUCCAGAUGAUGUUUCUAUAAUAAAAUGUCUUUUUUGUCAAAAGUUAUUCCACACGGAUGAUUUUGAGCUGAAAUAUCUCCAAUUUGGUUAUUGUCCUUUCUGCCGAGAAAAGCACAGAGAAGGAUGAACAAAUGAAGUAUGCAGACUUUAACAUAGCACUUGUAUUUAGUAAAUGAUAUUUAUUCAAUAUAUUCAAAAUAAAAAAAGAAACAAAUUAUUAUCAGGAGAAUCGUUUUGCUUAUUUAUUUUUGUGCGUUUGUCAAAAGCAGAAGAAAAAAAAUGAAUAAAAGACUUCUUCAUAU